AUGUAUUCGUUUUUAACUUUACUUUUGAUGUUAGUGUAUUACAUUACAAUAGAACAUCAUUUUCUAUCCGUUAAUGAUAACAAGAAACCCGUGUUGAUGCCAUGGAUGGGGGUAUUGAUUUAUAAAGCAGAUAAUCAGUCAGUAGAAGAAGUUACUAAUAUUGUGAUGAUAGAACAUCGAGUAGCUAUAGGGAACGCAAAAGACAUUACAGCCGUGGACGAGAAUUCACUAAUGACGUCUGCUAGAGCAAUGUUUUACACCACGAAAGGUAGUCAAUGGUCUUGUGGCAUUAUUAGUUACCUAUUGCAUCCUGAAUUCAAGCAAGGUUUUCUGAAUACAAUAGUUAUCCUAUAUUUGGAUAGUGUUGAUGAUCCUUAUCUUUGGAAACCAAUUAUUUUCAUGGGUAAAACUAGGGAAAUCAGCAAAUGGAGUAAUGUCUUCAGUGUCGGAUAUACAGACCGUGACAUGGUUCUGAAACAAGAAAUGUUUGCUUUAGAGUAUAUUAGUCGAACGACGUGCGAGGAAUUUUAUAUAAAGGAGGAGAUAAAUUUUGAUUAUCUAUGGCCUACGAAUGCAGUGUGCUACAAAGUCUUAAGCUCCAGGAAGACGUGCGUAAAUAAUGCGGGGAUGGUUCUGGCCGGAAAACUCACUGAUGGAUGGGUUUUAAUGGGUUUAAGUACUCAUGGACCAGGAUGUUCAUUGCCAGCAAGAUAUAUAAAUAUAUUUCCUUACGUGAGGUGGAUAAGAGACAGUACUGGAGUGACAAAAGCAACUCGACGGUCUAGUUACUAUCACAGUGCCAUCCAAAACGUGUAUGGAUUUAAAUCGUUUAUUGAUAUGUUCUUCAAGAGUCUUAGAGACACUUCAAUAGUUCUGAAACCUGAAUUGGCGAAUAAAUCUGAAAAGCUAACGGGCUGCUAUUAUGACACAGAUUAUAAGACACUAAUAUACAGAGAGACUGUCAUCCUUAAGACGUAUAAUCCUUUAGCUAUUGGUACAUAUGCCCUUUUAUUUUUCGAUAUGAACUUCGACAAAGUUACGUGCGUUCAGCUUAGUACGGUAUGCACUGCGAAGAGCGACACGAAAUUGUGGUUCUAUUCACGGGCCCACACGUCACAGGCUAUGAAGUUUGCGAAAACUUAUCUGGCAAGAAUAAAAGAAAAAGCUAGACUCGACAGCUACUUGAUGAUCAAUGAUCCGAAGUUCAUCAGGAGCAUAGAUAAUAAUCACUUGCAAUUUAGGUUCUCUUUCUCAAAAUUUGCUAAGAUUAAGGUGGCUUACUACGGGAAUUUAAACAGUACAUAA